GAAAGACCAGAAUGGCAACAUCAAACCCAAACCCAAACCCAGUUGAGUUUCAGCACAGAAGAACACCAAGAACAAUUUUCUGAGGAGAGAGAAAGUGAGAAACUUUACUGAAAAAUGGAAGUGGGUAUGUCACUAAACCCUCUAAUUAGACUACCCAUGAAGUCAAAUUCAAGAAUAAUUGAUGAAACUUCAUCAAUUAUCAGGCACUCUUUCAUUUCUACAAGAACAAAAUUCCCCAAAUCAAACAAAGGACAACAUCUGCAAUUUGUGGUGGAAGCUAAGGGUAAAAGGGGAAUGACUGAGCGUCAGUUCAAACGCCCUCCUCCUCCUCCUUUGCCCAAGAUUGAAGAUGAUGGCAAUCCUCGUUUUGUCAUCUUCAUUCGUAUGGCCAAUGUUUACCUAUGGUACCCGCUUAAUCUAGUUACUGGUGGCACAACUGCAAAGAUCAUGGUUGCUGCAAAAGAUAAUUUCCUGGGGAAAUACAUUUACAAGGAUACUAUUGCAAGAAAUCUUGCUGCAGUGGUUUAUCGUGACGAAAAGGGGUUGAUAAAGAUUGCACAGAAGCAAUUCCGCAAUUUAAGGAAUGCAACUGACUUCAGAUAUGGCUACAAGCUCGUUGAAAAAACUGAUCUAAGAUCUGCUCUUAUGCCUAGAGAUGUUGUUGAGCUCCCAACUCAAGAUCAACUCAAGACAGUGAUCGAUAAAGUUAAGGAUUUCUUCGGAGAUGCAAAGGAAUCCUUUGGUAAAAUGUCGACAUUAAACACGACUUCAGACGAGGGGGAAGAGGGAACUUCUGCAGAAAAACCCAAGUGAGUGCAAAUUUGUUUGAGAAGUCGAGGGACUUAGUAUGUCUUAACAUGCACUGCUCUCCAUAAUACACUUGGGUUGAAAGGUCGAAAUCUUCCACAUUGAGUCCCUUGAAAAGGGUGCAACUAUGACUGUUUCGGAAGCACGAAAUGUCCUCCAUUUGUGAGAUAGGAGAGCAGCAAUGCAUUAUACAGUUUUUGGUUCUUGCAUCAACAUUCAAAUGAUCUCAUUGUAUUUAUCUCUGAUGAAACUUACAGAAAAUUUCUCACUGUAACUUUCUCUUUAUGUAUGUACAUGCUAAACUGGUUAAUUCUUUUUUGUUAUUGAAGUAAUGCUGAGAAUGCUCUGUUUUUAUUUCA